AUGAAACUCUUCUGCGUCCUUUACAUUAUCGCGCUCGGCCACAUCACUGUUGGUGACGACCUGUCUGACAAGUCGAAGAAUAGGCCUCUCUCAUCUUUGGUCCUAGACCCAAGGUCGGAGACAAAGCACCUGGCGAACUUACCAGAUGUGCUCGACUGCUCACACAUUCAGCGUUGA